AUGGACCAGGACCACCAUAACGUGAGCCCGCCCACCGGGUCGAGCACCGGCGGCAGCGAUCCCUCCCCCAACUUCUCCGCCUCCGGCCCCGGGCCGUCAUCCGCGUCGGCGGCAUCAGUAGCUGCUGCAAAACGCUCCCGCGUCCUCCUCUCCUGCGGGCCCUGCCGUUCCUCCAAGCUGAAAUGCGACCGCUCCGAGCCGUGCGGCCAGUGCCUGAAGAAAUCUCGCCCGGAAGGCUGCGUCUACUCGCCCAAGCCCGAGAAGCAGAAGCCCGCCAAGGGCAUGGCGGCGCGGCUGAAGAGGCUCGAGGGCAUGGUGAGGACAAUGAUGGACGAAGGAGGAGGAGGAGGAGUCGGCGCGGGAGCGGGCUCGGAGGCUGCUGGGAACGGAGUGGCCGCUUCGGCGAUGGAGGACAAGGGCGUCGCGCAGCCUGGAGGCCAGCUUGUUCAAGGGGGCAGGGCGAGCACUUAUGUCGGUGCUACGCAUUUCAUGGCUAUUCUCGAGGAUAUUGAGGAUAUGAAGAGUUUUUUCGAGGAGCCAGAGGCCGACUACGACGAGAGCCCUGAAGCAUCUGACGAGCUAGAGGCCCCGGAUCUCAUGCUCUUUUCGAGGAAUAUGCCUCGUAGCCGGGAAGACUUGUUGAAGCUGCUCCCCGAGCGGAAGAUUGUCGACAGGCUCAUCAUGAGAUACUUUGCCUCUUCCAGCCCAUCACAACACAUUGUCCAUAGACCAACCUUUGUAAAACAAUACGCCCACUUCCGGGCCGAUCCGUCCGGAACAAACCUCCACUGGCUGGCCCUUCUCUUCAUGGUCAUAUCCCUCGGCGUCUUCUACUCAACCUUCAUGGCGCCGCACGAGCUCUCGGGCGACUCCCCGCAGCCGCCCAUGGACCGCUUCAAGCUCUUCCGCGCCGCCGCCGCCUACUGCCUCGUCUGGGGCAAGUACAACCGCCCCUCCAUCACCACCAUCCCGCCCUUCAUCCUCUACGUCGAGGCCGAGUUCCUCAUCUCCCGCGCCGCCCAGAUGAACUGCUAUGUCCUUUCCUCCGUCUGUCUCCGCCUCCUCCUCAAGAUGGGCCUCCACCGCGACCCUGAUAGGCUCGCCGGCAUCUCCCCCUUCGAGGGCGAGAUGCGCCGCCGUAUGUGGAACAUGGCCGUCCAGCUCGAUCUCCUCGUCUCCUUCCACAUGGGCCUCCCCAGCAUGCUCCACGGCAUCGACUCCGACUGCGCCCUCCCCCGGAACCUCGUCGACGAGGAUUUCGGCGAGGACAGCCCUGCCCUCCCGCCCGCGCGGCCCUUGACCGACUAUACGGAGAUGACGUACCCCAUCAACAAGUCCGCCAUGAUGCUCGUCUUCGGCCAGGUCGCGCGGCAGUCCCACCUGCUGUCCCCGCCCCCCUACACCGAGGUAAUGCGCCUCGACGACCUCCUCGACCGGUCCUGGCGCGCCGUGCCGCAGUUCAUGAUGGUGAAACCGCUGCAGGAGUGCGUCACCACGCCGCCGAUGCAAAUCAUCCAGCGCUUUGGCCUCGCCUCGCUCUACAACAAGAGCCGCUGUGUCCUCCACCGCCGGUUCCUCCUCGAGCCGGUGCCGAGGCGGGAGCACGACUACUCGCGCCGGCAGUGCCUUGAGGGCGCCGUCACCCUCCUCGACUUCCAGAACACGAUAUGGCACGCGUGCCAGCCGGGCAACAUGCUCAGUCAGAACGGGUGGUUCGUCUCCUCGCUGGCCGUGCACGAUUUUCUGUUGGCCGCCACCAUCGUGUACCUCGCCGUCGGCAACGAGCAGUUCUGGGGAGCGGACGGGAGCGGGAGCGGCGUCGCGCCGCCCGAGUGGAUGGCUGAGAUGAGCCCGCCGCCGAGCAAGGCGCAUCUCCUGCACCUCCUGCAGAGAUCGUAUUCCGUCUGGAUCGCCAUCGCCGUCGGCGUACCCGAAGUGAGGAAGACGGCGGAUAUAUUGGAAACAAUGCUCAGCAAGCUGGGGUCGCCACCGAAUUCCCCGCCAGAAAAUUUAGGCGCAAAGGUAUCGUCGGCGUCGGGGCUUCACCAAACUGACGGCUCGGAAUCAGCAACUCGUUUUGCUCAAGAUAGCCAGCAACUCCUCAACGGUCUUUCCAUCAGCAAUUCUGCGUCGUUCUCUUCCGGUACGACGAAUCGCUUCCAGCCUUUCGACUGUGUCACUUCAGGGCUCGGGUCCAGUGAACCUGGGCUAGACCGUGGAUGGGUGGCCGUUGGCAAUGAAGAAAUGGACUGGCGAUACUUUGACAACAUCAUGGCGCAGCCCAAUAACAACCCCAUCGGUCUCGAGUCACUGGACGCGUCCCAGCCGUGGUACGAACGGGCACUGGCACCGGACGAUUUUGAUUUCUCCACGUCUGGUGCAUGGGACCCGAGUUGGGGACAAUCGCGUUGA